AUGGCUUCACCAACACCCGACGAACUCCCUCUCCCAACCCUCUAUCUCCAGAUCGAAUACGCCGCACCCCCGUUCGCAGUUCUCGACAUAGACCCCAACUCCACAGAACCCCGAGUCCGCGAAGCCUACCACGCCCUCGCUCUCCGCAUCCACCCGGACAAAGCACCCACCUUUAGCCUCCGAGAGCUGCACACCUCGCUCUUCCAAAAGGUUCAGAGUGCGUAUGGAGAAUUGCUCAAAACCCACUUCGGCCGCUCAGAAGGCGAACAUUCUGCUGCAUCCAAGCGACUGCCAGAAACCCUAGCGUCGCUACAGGCUCGCAACAUCGCGUUCCGGGAAGCGCUUCGGAGCGAGCGUGAGCGGGCGUUGAAGAUGAAGCAGGCAGAUGAUGAGCGGGAAGCAGUGAAGAAAGCCGGCCUGAAGGCGAAGAAAGAGAGGUUGGCUGGAAAGAGGGAGGCGAGGGUGAAAGCAGUUGAGCUGGCAAGGGUGAAAAGGGAGAAGGAGAUUGCAAGAGAGUGUCGGAGUCAAGGAAAGGUGCAGCCUCAUCACCCGCUUGCAAAAGGAGACGAGCCGUCGAAGGGAAGUCCCACCCCCAAGAGCGAACCACUGGCCGACUGGGAGCAGGAGGAAGACCGACUCGAAGCAGAAGUGGAAAAGGAGAAGGGAGCGGAGCAGAAUGACGAUGGUGUUGCUUCCAAGCCAGCAAAACCACCCUCGCCGGCGAAGCCAAAGCGUCCUCUGCAAAACCAACCUACUUCCCGAACCGCACGCACCGCAUGGCAAGACUCCAUCGACGAACGUCUCGUCCCCGACGCCGAGAUCACAAACCGUUGGAACAAGAGUCUCUUAAGCGGCGGCCGGGGUGGAUCCGUGUCGCUCAGUCAGAAGAAGCAGAAGGCUCUCAGUGGCGCGGCAAGGAUGCACAAGCACAGCAUGGCGUUGCGUGAGGACGCGGAUGGGAUUGUGAAGCCUGCUUUGACGGGGAACAGGACGUUUAGUGCUUUGGUUGAAGAGGCGAUGAUGGAGGAGGCCUUUGUCGGGGCGGAGGCGCGGGCGGAGGCGAGGACGGAGAGGGUGGUGCGGAGGUUGAUGGACGGGGAUGUCGUGGGGGAGUAUUUGCUUGAGGCUGGAGAUAAGGAGUGGAGUGCGGCGCUGGGAGCGUUCUGGGCGAUCGAGGAAUGUCUGGCUCAUAGGGAAGCAGUGGUAGUUCUAUUCGAUGCGGAGAGGGUCGUGGAUGAAGGAGAGCAUGCAGGCUGCCUGUCGGACGUCUUCACCUCAUCAGGUCACUUCUGCAAGCCAAGCAAUGAGCUUGUCGAAAGUUGUAGGUCGGUCCGUCUCGAAUAG